ACAUAUUUACUUAUCCAUUUGUUGUGUUUUGGUUUGGUAGAAUUUCGUCAGUCUCGUCAAUUAAAGUUGCAAUAAUGGAAAAGUGGCUGUGUGAAACAUUGUCGAAAUGCCUUGAUUGUGUGGUUACGAAUCAAAUGAUGUCCACCAUUUUGGCCAUCAAAACAGAUCAGGAGUUUGACAACUACUUUGGCAACCUGCUGAGCGAGGACAUUGAGGAGCAUCGCUUGUUUUUGCACAAUUGCCGCCGCAUGCUGCUCAGCGGCAAGCAGCCACGUAGCAAUGCCAAAAGCAAAGCGCACCCACCUAUGAAUUCCCUCCCUAUCCAAAGAUCCGGUGGUGGGGCAGCUAAGAAGCAGAACAAAUUUGUCAAUCUGUAUUCCGGUGAUGGUAAAAUCAUGGGCAACAGUGUCUUGCUGAAGGGCCGACGCAGCUGCGACUGCCAGGCAACCGAACACAAGCUGAUCAACAACUGCUUGGGCUGCGGUCGCAUAGUAUGCGAACAGGAGGGCAGCGGACCGUGCCUCUACUGUGAUGAGCCAGUCUACACCGCCGAGGAGGAGCAGCAAAUGGCAAAGGCCGCCGCGUCAACUCGAGCGACCACAAAGGCCCAGGCCAAGGCGCUGAAGAAGCAGCAGCCAACUGCCUCAGUCAAGUCCAAUAAGGACUUACAACAGGCGCUGGCACAGCGUGACCGUUUGCUGGAAUAUGAUCGCAACAGCGAGAAGCGGACAACAGUCAUUGAUGAUGAGUUGGACUACUUCCAGGAGAACUCCGUCUGGCUAACAGAUGCCGAGCGCGAGAAGUUUGAGCAGCUGAAGAGCGAAAUGCACGAAAUGAAGCACGGCAGCCGCCUCAAGCGCAAAAUCAAGGUUGACUUUGCUGGACGCGAGCUGCCCGAGGAGUCGCUAGUUACCAAUGAGUAUGAGCAGCAGAUGCUGCGCCAGCUGGCUGCAGUCAGCAAGUCUGCAUCAGCGAGCCAGAGCAACGCACUGACCGGUCAUUCCUCCCUUGGGUUGGCACCAAAUCUCGAUGUGGCCAAGCCACCCGUCUUCAAGGCCAGCAAGGAGCAGAAGAAUUGGCCAGCUCCAAUUGCCAGCGACGGGCUCGAACGUAUAUAUAAUCGGGUGCAGGACAAGGAGCUACUCGAAAUGCAGGACAUGCGCCAAUGCCUCUCCAUGCACCAGCCAUGGGCAUCUCUCCUUGUGGCGGGCAUCAAGAAGCAUGAGGGUCGCGUGUGGUAUAGCGAGCAUCGCGGUCGCCUAUGGAUUGCCUCGACAGCCAAGGAACCACAUGCCGAUGACAUCGCUCAAUUGGAGCAAUUUUAUCGUGUCCUCUACAAUGAUAAGGAUAUAAAGUUUCCAACCCACUACCCCACAAGCAGCCUGUUGGGCUGUGUAAAUGUGGAUAGCUGUUUGCCCCAGGAGGAGUAUCGUGAGCUCUAUCCUCAGGGUGAAUCCGAUAGUCCUUAUGUCUUUGUUUGCACUAAGCCGGAACAGUUGCCACUCUUGUUACCAGUUCAGGGCGAGCAUAAAAUCUAUGAGCUGCCACUGAAGACGCACAACGCCGCCUGCAAAACAAUGCUGCGUGCACGAGCUAAUAAGGGCUGAGAUGUUCUCAUCGUUAGAUUUCAUAUUCAUAUUUUUCUUUGGCAUUUAAAUUCACUCGUGAAACUGAUUAGGUAUGAGUAAAAUAUCGAUAGAUGCACAUUUAAACGAUACUUUGUAUAAAAGGCAUUCCCUUGGUUUCUUUUUGUUAAAUAAGUAGGCAGAUACAUUUAUGAAAUGA